AUGGCGUCUAAAAACUUUCUUGACGGGCUUAAGACUGGGGGUAACGCUACCAAGAGUAAUUUGACUAUUGAUGGUUUUAUGGCGGAGGCGGAAACUUCCAACGUGACAAGACAUUAUGAAGACGCUGUGCAAAGCAAAGAAAACUUGGCAUCAGACAACAGGCAAAACACUAUAAAUAAUGUAAUGGAUCUCCUUCGACAAUCCAUGGCAGCAACUCAGGCAACAACUGAAGCUGCCCUUGCUCAGGGUGAAGCGGAUCGACAACACUCCAAAAUGCUGGCGCUUCUCGCCAAAGAUCAGGCGUUGGAAGAUUUCAGUGGAACAUGGAAACUCCAGCCAACAAGUAUCAGACUUAUCCAUUUGCAGCCUUCCACUACUUACGAGUCGGAUUUAAAAGGUCGCCUCAUUCAGCACGAUGGGUUUGACGCUAAUCAGUUUACUAUUCGUUCCCUACAAUACGCCGCACUUUCAUAUACCUGGGGGGCUCCGAUAUUUAAUCGCAUACUCCAUUGUUUGGAUGGAAACAAAAUCGAAAUUACCGAAAAUCUAGACUUAGCUCUUCGUAAAGUCAGGGAUCUGACCAGCGAACGAGUCUUGUGGGUUGACGCUGUUUGUAUCAACCAAAAGGAUCUGGCAGAGCGAACAUUUCAAGUCAAGACAAUGCACAGUAUUUAUUACCAAGCGGACGAAGUCCAUGCGUGGUUGGGCCCAGAGUCCGAAUUAAACGAUGGAAAUAUAUGCUUUUCCCUGCUCGAAGCGAUCUUUGACCGGCUCGUAAAUCAUGACAAGGAGCAUCAUUCAUCCGAACGCAAAGACUCAAUAUGUCACAGGGGACAGAGCACAUUUACUAUGAUCGAGGAUGGAUUUAAACCCAUCCUAUCACAAUUUGACAAGGUUCACAUGAGCCAUGUAUUCGAGAAGUUCUUUGAGCGAAAAUACUUUUCUCGCCGAUGGAUUAUCCAGGAGAUUACCUUUGCACAAAACCUCACUCUUCACUGCGGAAACUCUACAUUAGAGUGGACUUUGGACACUCGUUGUUCGAGAUUGCUCUUUUUAAACAUAAUGCGACAGUUUGUCGAUGAACGUGUUGUAAAGUUGCUGGAGGCAACUUUGCUCUGUAAGGGUCAAAACAUGGUACACAUGCAAAACCCGGUCGAUGUAAUGUUGAAUGCUGACAGAUUUGGCUGCCUCGACGACCGAGACCGUGUUAUCGCACUGCUGCACGUCUUAAGGCUUCUUCGAGUUGUCAAGGAAAAGAAAUUCGACCAUAUCCUCAAAAGAAUCGGCUAUUUUUCUUCAUUGGAAGAGGUUUAUUUGAUAUUCGCACAAUUUUCUAUGCUCUAUGGAGCCUUGCAAAUAAAGGAGAAUAAAUUUACAAACCUUCAUGGGGAUUGCAUUAGCCACCUUUUACAAGUGGCAUGUUCAACAAGACCUGCAGUCAGGAAUGAAGACCCUCAUCUGCUACCAUCAUGGGUUCCAGAUUGGCGACAAAGUGUUCGAUAUGCAAUACCAAGAUCAAUUCGUGGUCCACUUGUGGCCUCGAAUAUUUCCUGUGGGCUACCUGAUAGUCUUGACCAUAUAGUAUGGGGUUGUUCCAAGUCCAAAUACCAGGCACUCGACGGCUUUUCCAGCGACGAAUUCCUUCAUGCAAGUGGAAUGCUUUUUGACACGAUAAAAGAAACCAGGAUUUUUAGCGAAGCCGAAAUUCUCGGCGGAUCGUACAGUAUACAUGCCCAAGACUUGUACCUUCGGCUUCCUAUGCAGGAAUCCCUCGGUCAUUCGAACGGCGAGCUCUACAAACAUUAUUAUAAUCCUACUUGCGAAGAGUUUCAGAAAUCACUUGCAACAACACUAAUUGCUGAUCACGAACAUUGCGACCACACCUUAGCACCUCAUCAAAAAGAGAAGUGCGAUACUCGAAGCGACACGGAGUCCUUCAAGGGGAGCUCAACGACUGCUACCCCGGGACCUUCAAGUAAAGAAGAAAGCACAACUUCCGCAUACCAUAAGCGUCUCAUGCAAACCAUGCGUGGUCGUUGUUUCUUCACCACUUCCAAAGGCUACAUCGGCAUUGGGCCCGACGACACGCAAACCGAUGAUGUUGUAUGCAUCUUCGGUGGCUUACGAGUACCGUUCAUAGUUCGCCCACAAAGCACCAGCGUGCUAAAUGAAUGCUGCCAACGUGUCUGGGCUCCAGAAACCAACGAUGUCGCAGGUUGUGAGGCAGUUAUGGUAGGAGUCUCAGCGGAUGUCAGGCUGGUGGGCGAUGCCUACAUACAUGGGAUCAUGGACGGCGAUGUCGUGGCGAAAGAGUGGAAAAGCUAUCCUGGAGCUUUUCAGUCUUUUUAUAUCGUUUGA